GUUUGCUGUAGUGAAGUAGUGACGCAGGAAGAGCUCGGGACAGGAGUUGUUUUAUGUUUGUGUUUAUUGUUUGUUUGUUGUUUACAGAGGUAAGUUUGCUGUAGUGAAGAAGUGCCGCAGGAAGAGCUCAGGACAGGAGUACGCAGCCAAGUUCAUCCGUAAGCGUAAGAAAGGGAAGGAUUGUCGGGAGACGAUUCUGGCGGAGAUCCGGAUCCUCGAGAUGUCAGCGGAGCACUGCCGACUCAUCGACCUGUUCGAGGUGUUCGAGACCCACGCUGAGAUGAUCCUGGUGCUCGAGUAUGCUUGCGUACGUGAUGCUGACCGGCCACUCCCCGUUCCUCGGCGACACGAAGCAGGAAACGUUCCUGAACAUCUCGACUCUCGCCUACGACUUCCCCGAGGAACUGUUUCUAGACGUCUCAGCCGACGCACAAGACUUCAUCAAGAGUCUGCUCGUCAAGGAGCCGGAGGACAGAGCGACAGCUAAAGAGUGCCUGCUACACCCCUGGCUCUGUGCGGCCUCCAAGUCGCCAGCGAUCGACUUCUCAGUGGUGGCCCCUGAACCGGAGCCCUCUCAGUCCCGGGAUGGCCUGCCUCAGGACCCUUCUCAGUCCCAGGACGGUCUGCGCUCCCCCUUCCUGGGCCAGAGGCGCCCCCUGGAGUGUAACAAGGAGAACUGCAAGGAGGACGCUGCGGUGCCAAAAAGGUUCAAGUUCGACGACUCCUUUGUCUCCAUUCAGGAGAUCCAGAGAGAACUCGUGUAUUAAAGCUGCCCCCUAUCAGAACACGUUGGUACUGCAGGGAGCAUGUUGGGACUUCACUAAGGAAGCGAAACAACUUCUCAGACAAAACUUGAGCUGGGAAAACAGCCACCAACCCUGGCCUACUGCCUCUCCAGGCAUGCUGGGAUUGAUACCCAGAAUGCUCUGCACCUCUCUGGUGUCCAAAGGGAUCAAUAAUUGUAUCCAAACUUCAUCAAUAAGCUGUCAAUAAUCAAUGAGGAGGAAAGUGGACAGAAGAAGGAAGGACAGUUGUUGACAGUUUGUACGUUUUACCUCUGUUAAAGACUGUAGGUUCUCUCUGGCUGGUAUGGCUGAAUGUGUGCCCAGAAUCCCCCACCACAUCCUUCACAUUUGUGCCCAUAAAACCCCAGCACACCCUCACAUCUCCCUGUGUUCCUGUUGUGCAGAGUUUUAUUCAGCUGUAGAAUUGUGAAAAUGUGUCUGAAGUGUAAUAUAGCAUGUACAGGGGGUGUAGUGGGGAGGGGGGCCUUUUGUCAAUGUGGCAAUGCAACUAGUGUACAGAUGUCAAGAAGAAUGGCCCGAAACAUGUUACACAAUGUGGCAAACACCUACUCAAUGUGGCAAACACUGUACAUAAUGUAUUUUAUGCUUUUCAAUAUUCAAGGGCAUUACACAACUGCCUUAUAUAGAGAUGACAACUGCCUUAUAUGGACAAAACAUACAUGACAACAGGUCAGCUGCCUUAUAUGGAAACAUAGAACAGACAUGACAACAGGCCAGCUGCCUUAUAUGGAAACAUAGAACAGACAUGACAACAGGACAGCUGCCUUAUAUGGAAACAUAGAACAGACAUGACAACAGGCCGACUGCCUUAUAUGGAAACAUAGAACAGACAUGACAACAGGUCAGUUGCCUUAUAUAGAUGUGAACACAUAAGAAGAUUUAGGAAAUGUAUAACUUGAUUCUAGAGUAUACCAGCAAAGAAAAUUUUAUUUAACAAGUCCACUGAUUACUGAAUCUUCCCUUAGUGGUGCUAUAUAGAGAGUUUAUCAGGAAAUUAUGUCCCAUAUACUGAUGUAGUUAUUGUUUAGUGGGUAAAUCUGAGAAUGAGAUUUGUGCCCAUUUUAUAGACGUUUUAGCUGCCUUAUGAUGUCAUAGCUGCCUUAUGAUGUCAUAGCUGCCUUAUGAUGUCAUACCUGCCUUAUGAUGUCAUAGCUGCCUUAUGAUGUCAUACCUGCCUUAUGAUGUCAUAGCUGCAUGUGUUUGUUCACGUUACAAGUGCCAAAUAAGGACACUGAUGCAUGAUGGGGUUUGCAUCCCCAUACUUCGGGACCAGUUGUCAUGGAAAACAUCAAUCAUCCUGUAGCCAUAGCAACCAAAGAAACUCUUUGUUCCAAAUUUCCGCUGACAAAUCUCUGAGGUGGUCGAAUAUGUCACAUGACCACUUCUAGUCUGUUUUUCAAAUUGUAAUUUUAUCUUUUUUUAUAUUAUUUUGUAAUGCUUUGUUCAGACUGUAAAUACAGAAUAAAAUUAAAGAUAGUGA